UGAUUCGACUCGGUUUUGCGGGAAUCAGUGAGCUGCAGCAGCUUCUGCUCUCCUUCUACCCGAGUAAUAAACUCUACAACUCACCGCAUAUCAGAACCGAGUGAGCUUUAGACGCGUCUGAGUCUCUGUUUUCAUCUCGAAAGAGUAUUAGGUGUGAAAAAUAAACUAUGGGAGUGGAAAUGGCUGAAGUACUGUAGCUAGCCGGCUAAUGUAGCAGUAGCGCGCUAGCUCUGUCAGACUGUCACUCAGUGACGCUUCAUCAGUUCACUUCAGGUUUAUUUUUUUUUAAACAAUGGCUGAAAACUUGCUGAAGGAGUGUCCUUUAUUAGUUGCUCUGGAUAAAGAGAAAACUGUUUACGACGGUUUUAUCUCAGUGCAGGACAGAGACUUCAGGUUAAGAAUAACGCUGCCUCCAGACCAUCAGCUGAAACAGGCAAAAUUACACUGCUGCUGGGAACUGAAACGGCUGUUAAAAAACCACCAGCACAUUCUAAAACAGAGGCUACAUCAUUCUUCCAGCUUGGUCGGAUUUAUCUUGGAGCUAAGGACCGUACUGGAAAUAGCACUGAAGAGCCAAGCAGGCUGGCAGUCCAUCCCACCACCUCAGUACUACUCGCAGCUCAUCACAGAGAUAGAGAGUUUAGGAUGGGAUAAGCUGAUCUUCAUCGACACCGACUUCCGCACUCUUAAGCUGAAGGCAGAUGACUCUUCUCAUCGUCAGCAUGUCAUUAUAGUCAAGCUGAAAUCAAAAUACCCAGUUGAAGCUCCAGAAUGCUCCGCAGACCUGCCUGUCCCACUGGUCAUCACGUGGACCCCACAGAGCAAUUUAGCCCACAUGCAUAGCCAGUUCCUGCUGAUUGUGGAGGCUUUGGCUGAAUUCUGGGCAGUGAUGGAUGAGAUUGAUGAGCACACCUGGGUGCUGGAACCUGAAAAACCAAGCCGAGCAGACACGAUGAGAAGGAUCGCUAUUGGAAACAACGUCUCCAUAAAGGUUGAGAUCGACCCCAGGCACCCGAAGAUGUUGCCAGAAUGCUGCCUGCUUGGAGCUGAGCACGCGGUAACCCCCCUGAGAGGCAAGCUGAACGCUAACAUGCAUUUAUGGAACCCCGACUGCAGCGUCCUGCAGAACAUGAAGGAUGUUAUGGAGAUAGAAUUCCCAUCACCUGCCACCCACGAAAAAUCUAGUUUUAGCGCAGAGUGCGGCAUCUGCUACUCAUAUCGGCUGGACUCUGCCAUUCCUGAUCAGGUGUGCAACGAUCCACGCUGCGGCCAGCCUUUUCAUCAGGCCUGUCUCUAUGAGUGGCUGAGAGGUUUGCCCACCAGUCGCCAGAGCUUCAACAUUGUGUUCGGAGAAUGUCCUUACUGCAGCAAGCCCAUCACAGUGAAAAUGGCCAUACAAAAACCGUGACCACUCUGUAAAUUGGUUGCCAUGUCAUUUCAUUCUUGAUAAUGGAAUAUGAAAGCCAACACUGUGUGUUCAAUAGAUUUUAAAUGCAAGUAGAAAAAGAAAGAGUGCAACAGUAAUGAUACAUGCAUAUAUUUUACA